AUGGAACAGAUCGAUACAGUGCCAGUAGAAAUGCCAGUGCCAGUGGAACAUCAGGUGGAACAGGUAGACUUGGUCAGAGCACUCGAGUCCAUAGACAACAACCAUCCAUUAUCCAUACCCAUACCCUUGGCUAUAGACCCUAUACAUCACCCACUGCGAGCCGAUGACGCACAACGGCAAGACAACGACAUUGACGAUGACGGACAAGAACUGCACGAAUGGACGAGGGAACAAUUGCACGCAGAGAUAGUCAAACUACGUCGAUUGGCCAAGACAAACAACAACAAUACACCUAUACCAACGCCAGCACCAGACAAUGUCGACAAACAGCAAGAUGAGGUUGAAAAAGCACUCGAAGCCGUACAGAGAAUAAGAGAACAUGUAUCGGUAUUACCCAAUGAACUAGAUCCGGCUUUGGGCAAUCAUCUUCAGAAUCAUGAUCAUUUAGCUUCAACAUCAUUACAUGCUUUUUCAUCCACGAACUCGGACCAACGUCAACCUGGAGGGAGUUCAGCCAAUCGUAAAAGGACAAAGAGGAAGAGAAACACCAACGAUAACAACCCCAACGACAAAGAUGACAACAAGGACCAGAAGAUGAUCAAAAGAGAUGAAGGGACAGGUAAGAGGCUAGAGAAAGAUAGAAAGACCGAACUGUCCAAAUGCGUUAGGAUCAAAAUACGUAGUUGGUUGGGUAUAGGUAUGGAAGAGCCUUUGCCCCAUCCUCACUUACCGUCAUUACUUCAAGACGGACAAGAACCCGGUCAUGGCGGAAUAUUCAUACCUAAGUGGAAUCAACAGCUCAACGAUGAUUCCAAUGUGGAAUGGAUCAACAAGAUUUCAAACCAAGUCUACGAGGAAUGUCUCAAUGGCUUAUACCCCAAGAUACCUCAGAGCGAUAUCAAUCCUGAGACCAUCGAUCGAACUACCAAGACUGCAUUUAUGAACAUGUGCAAGAGGUAUGCACAGGAGAAUGACCCCAAGGGUGAAGAGAGAAGGGAAAAAUAUACAAAGAAGAGAAGAAGGUGGGCGAGGAAGGAUCUGAAACAGAAAAGACGUACCAAAACAGCUUCCGACCCUUCGUUUCAAGACCUCAACUUGCCCCUCUCCGCGUUACAUAUCGAUUACAUGUCAAGUGAAUAUUCGUCUUCGGGUGAAGACACCGAGGGAGAAUUGGAGGACAUACUGAGUAAGAGGCAAGGAUUGUGGGAAGGCAUGAGGAAAAGACAGAUGGAAGAGGAUCAGCCGGUGCCCGAUGGAAAUGGGAAGAACGGAUGGGUAGUGGGUUUGAGUGAGAAGAUCCUGGAGGUAAGGACACCCCGAUGGAGGAGCGAGACCCUUAACGACAUUUAUAAGAGACUCGAUGCCCACGCCACUCAUAUGUCUGAUACACGAUCAACCUCGAAGAAUGUAUCUCAUAAAACCCAAACUCAGACUACUACACUCAACGCGUCCCCCCCUUCUUCCUCGUACAACAUCCGAGCAGGACAUGUGGCACCUUCUCAUCGCAGGUUUACCAUGACGCCCGGGAUCAUGCGCAAAGGUGGUCUACCGAGAGAUCUGGGUGAAGGGUGGAUGUGGGCCAGUGGAAUGGGAGGAGUAUGGCCGGAAGAAGCUGCUAGGUGGAUCGGAGGAACAGAGUUUGAUCCAAAUCAUACAGCUGUCACAGGUGCGGAUAACGAUCAGAGUGCUGCAACUGGCUUUAGUGAUGAGCGGGGGCACAAUGUCGGGAUUGAGGUGAAUGCAGUGCAGCAACAGGAGGAAGAUCAUGAGCAGGAACAGGCCAGGUUGGGUUUAGUCAAUGCGCUGGAAGGUUUGUAG